GGGCUUGGGGAGUCGAUCGAUCGGGAAUCGCAGCAGCUUGCCUGGCGCCAUGGGCCAUGGGAAUGGGCGACAGGACCCGGGAGGCCUUCCAUGAGGUGCUCUACAAAGAGCUCCUGGCGGAGCCAGGCGCGCGCAGCUACGGGCAGCGCUAUGGCAGGCACCCGCUGGCGCCCAUCCGCAAGGAGGCUCCCCGCCGCAGCGCCCAAAGUGCCGAACACUCCCGCGACGACGAGUGCAGAGGCGCCGCGCGUUGCACGGAGGCGGCGGCGGAGUUCUCGCGGCGCGUCACGCUGCGGGCGGCGCAGAUCCGGAAGGCCGCCAGAUGCAGCCUGCUCGAGAGCUUGGAGGUCACCCUACCCCAGGCCUUUCCAGACCCGCAGCCAGCGCCACUGGCGGAUCCUGCACCCCAGGCGCCUCGGGCACUGCAGGCUUUACCGCACCACGUGCUCCUCGGCGCCAGCCUGUGGUUGCCGCCCAGUGACUUCACGCGCCUGGCGGCGGCGUGCUCACUGAUCCCCAGAUCUCAUGAGAUGUGCUGCUGGAAUCUGCAGAUCUUCGGCCUGGACCCAGAUGAACUCCGUCGGGUCUGGAGCCGCAAGGAGCUCUCAGCGCAGCAUCUGCUCCUCUUCGCCCUGCGCCGGCACAGAGCGCAACAACGUGCACGGCACCAAGGUAUCGCUGCAGGGCUCCAGCACUUCCUCGCGCUAAGAGAAGGCACUGCCUUCCGCUGGACCAAGGCUUCGAGGCCUGCGCCCUUGGCGCUACCUAUCCCCGUGCGUAUGGUGGCGUGCGGCGGGGAUCACAGUCUGCUGGUCACCGUGGACGGCCAGCUCUGGUCCUGCGGCCGCAACGACGCCGGGCAGCUGGGUCUCGGCCACCGUGACGCCGACGCCUCGGAGCUUCAGCGCCUCCACCUGCCGCGACCCGCGCUGCAGGCCGCCUGUGGCGCAGACCACUCCCUGGUGCUCUUGGCCUCCGGGGAGGUCUGGGGCUUUGGCAGAGGCUCCGAAGGGCAGCUGGGCUCCGGCGAAGAAGCCCUGGACCCCAUCCGCGUGGCAACAGGCGCUUCGCACAUCGCUUGCGGAGCGGAUCAUUCCGUCUACUUGGACUGCUGUGGUCGAGCUUUCUCCUUUGGAGAAAACUCCUCCGGUCAGCUCGGGCUUGGGCAUUGCUGCAGGGCGGAGGGCCCCACGGAAAUGAUCCUUCCCCGGCUGGCCGUGGAUGUCGACUGCGGAGGGACACACACCUUGAUCUUGGUAGAUGACUUGACAGUCUUUGGCUGCGGCAACAACGACAAGGGCCAGCUGGGCGAAGCUGGCGGUUUCGUUCCGGAGCUGCUGGACCUUGGACCUGCGGAAGGAAUCAGCUGUGGCUUCAGCCACUCCUUAGUCCUCUCGGCUGGAAGCGUGCGGGUGCUGGGCGGAAAUUCUCUUCCGCGGCCUUUGGGGCUGAAGUCGCGCAUCUCAGAGAUCAGUGCUGGGGGUCAGAGUCUUUGCGCAUCUUCGACUGCCUGUUAUUCCUUCGCGCUGCGCUUACGCCGCUGUGGACACUGAAAAUCAGGUUCAACGGAUUGACUUUCCUCAACUGG